AUGGAAAAGAGGAGUAUUAGCGGAAAGGAUAUUCUAAGAAUGGAUGGUCUUUUGCCACCGACCCGACGCUUACCUGUCUGUAAUGCUGUGACUUCUACAGAUAAAAAAAAAGAUAAAAAGUGGUCAAUCGGUGGAAUAUUAAAACGUAUAUCUUCAAUAAGGGAUUACGAUAGUUCUUCCAAUGAUGAAGAAAUUGUAUAUUGUACAAGACAACCAAGACCUUGCACAGUAUUUAAUAGAAAAUCAAAUAAUGUUGUUCUCCAUCCAGUUGAAAAAGGAUCAAAUCAAAACUUAAAUGACACUGUUGCAAAAUCUCUGGAUACAACAAGUUUGCAGAGGGAUUCAUUAAAUUCUCGUAGUAGCGAUGGAUCCUUGGAUGGAUUAAGUAAAAAGGCCAGGAAAAAUAAAUUGAAAGCACAAGUAGAAGCGAAACGAGAUCGCAUUUGUGCAGAUAGUAGUUCAGAUGAAGAUUCACGUAAAUCUUGUAACUCGUUGACAAGAUAUCAGAAUGAACUUGCUGGACAUAGUACACAGAAAAAUAGUUCUUGCAAUAGAAAAAGUCGUGCAGCACGUACAGAACGUUAUAUAAAACGUUUAACCAGAGACGAAGGUUAUAAAUUUCAAGAAAACUUAAACAAUAUAGCAAAUAAGCGUAACAGUCAUGAUUUCAUAAAUGAAGAACAAUCAUCUAUAGACAUGGAUGCGAAUGAAUUAUUUCAGCUUCCACAACAAUCAUCACACUUCACCAGUUAUUCUAAUAGUAAUACUUUCCCUGUACAAAGAUCUGCUGAAAACUUACGACAAUCUGGGAUUGUCGCAUCGCAAGCAAGAUCAUCUGGUGAUCUUACAAAACAUCCGUCAAGCCAAUAUAUUACAGAUUUAAAUCAAAAUAAUACUUACGCAAAACCAAAUGUUUUGCACAGAAAUAAGAAUCAAGUAAAUCAAGAGGAGAAUUACUUUCUCGAUUUACCUGCGACUAGUACCAUUUAUGCUGAUCCAUAUGAUUAUACGAGGAACCGUCAGUUUGCAAGUCGAAGUUCUUCCCCACCUGAGCCUCCACCAAGGGACCCACGUUGCCGAGUAACUUAUGGUUGUAAUUCCCUUCCGUUUAGUGGAAAGUAUCAGGUAACAAAGUACGACGAUACCUUGCGUAUUAAAAUGAACGAUAUUCAUGAAGUUACCAAGGAUCAUUUAAAGAGUUUAAGAUCCUACGAAUCAAAUAACGAAAUCAGUUGGUGUGGCUCGGCAAAACAGUAUGCACGACGUCCAUUGUCCUUGACUAUGAGCUCGACGCAGUCUUGUAAUUUAUCAGAGUGUACAAACAAUAGACACAAUUCGACAGGUAGACAUAUAGAUGAACCAUUAUUUAAAGAAACAGAAGCGAUGAAAUGUCAGAGGAGAAAUGAUCGCAACGAUCAGCUUACUUCAAGCUUUAAAGAUUAUGAUACCAAAAUGCGCGAGAACAGAUUGUCUACUACCUAUAUCAAAAAUAUGCGCAAUAAUUCUGUAUCGCCUAUUUUUAAUAAAUCAUCAGAUUGUUCCUGUACGAGAUCACCAACCAAACAGACGGUGAGAGAAAAUUCUUACAAUCUACCAAACGUUACAUUUAUAGAUAAUAUGAGAAAUGAAGAGAAAGAAGAGAAACAAGCAGUUAACGAAGAGGAUGCGAUGGAAAGGAAAAGAAGUUCCAAGAAUCUUGAGGAAGCGCUUUCUGAGUUAGAAGCAAUAUACAACAGUCUUCGUCUUGGAGACGAAGAUCUACUAGAUCGAGCAGAACGGCGGAGUAUGGAAGAAUUUAGUCUACGUCAAGCGAAAACUAACACUGCUGUUCCGUUUAUUUCAGAAGAUUCAACAGACAGAACAAAAGACGAUAUGGCUUACAGAAGAAUGCACCCAAAGGACAGGCCGACAUCGUUGUCGGAAGUGGUUGGCCAAUCUGCACUCUCUAAUAUCAGUUACCUGAUAGCCUCGCCCAUAUUAUCACGCAAAGACACAAGUGAUAAUUAUCUGUACGCUGCGAAUUACUCAACGCGGCGGGACGAGCCGGAUGUAACGCGGGACGACGUUGUUUAUCGAAGCAUUAAUCAUGCUAACAACACAUUGAAAGUGAUCGAUCCGCAACCUCCGUUUGGAAUACCUUUAGGACCGGUAACAGCCGCUACGGAAAGUGACUAUUUACACACUACACCGACUAAACCAGAUCAUCCUCGUUCAUCGUACAUACCGCAAUGCGAGCCUGACAUUGUUACAGAUGACUUGGCUUACCGAGCUCUCAGGAAGGAUGCCAGCACAUCGAAGAGCAGUGUCGAAAGUAAAAACGGCAUCGCUAUAGAUCGGGAAACUACUUUUGGUACGAAGAAGAAACGAGCGGUUAGAUCUCUGUCUGCCAAUCUAUACGGUUUAAUUAAUCACGAUAGAAUUCAUCUUAGGAGAGAACCUAGUCUUCAAGAGAUCAAGAAUGAAAUAGAUAACACUAUAACAGAUAUCAAAUCGUUGUCUGUACGAUCCGAUAGGCGCGUCGUAAGUGAUGGUGAACUCUCUGAUUACGACCGAUGUCAUACUGAUAGUUUAUUGAGGAACUCUAGAACUGAUAUAAACGGGAACCGUCCAAUUACGAAUACGCAUAGGAAAAAGUUGCGCGUUUACGUUUCACCAUCGACUCGAAUACAAGACGAUAAUAAAAAUGAGGACAGUGCAAGAGCACGAAACUCCAUGACAUCUGCUGACGUAUUGUCAAAGGCCCUCAACAAUGAGUUCUGGCCGGAUUGCGUACAAAACAAAUCAAACGAGUCGUUCGAUCAAGACACGGAAACUGAUUUUACGGCAUAUAGUCGCCUAUGCCAAGAUUUAGUCAAUUUGAUUGAAGGACAAAACGAUGAGGAAGUGAAACCGAUUGAGGAAACGAAUGUUCAUUCAGAGCUUCCUGUAGUAACAGAUAUCUCAAAUGAUAGUAAUAAGACGGAGGAAUCCUCCAUACUGCAUAUUCAGUCCUUAGGUAGUCACUAUUCAGAAAAUAAUAUUGAAAAUUACAAAGAAGAUACGGAUAAAGAAAAUAUAGAGAAAUUGACGGAAUCCCUCGCUAAACCUGAGAAUGAAUGUUCCGAGAACACUGACGAUAAUACGUUUGAUUUCUAUCUUCGUGUCGCGGACGAAAAUGUUAAACUAAUUGCGGAGGCGUUUAGCAGCGUGGCAGAUCACUUACGCGAUAGUCGUUUAAGCCAAAAGAAUUCGUUGACGUCGCACCGUUCCGAAAUAGAAACUGAUAGUACGGCGCCCAAUACUAGUACUCGCAGCUCCGCUACUAGCAGUCUAGACGAUACGAACGAUGACCUGUCUUAUUCGCCUAGAAUCACUGAUGCAUUAAAUGUAGUUCCUAAAGAAAAUACAACGAUAAUCUCAGACGAGGACCACAACUUAGUGAAGCCAGAAGAUGUGAAAAAUGAUUUGCAUAUCGAUCCAGAACUCGAUCUAUCCAAAGCUGUUCAUGAUUUACAAUUAGCAGCGGCAAGUUUAUGCGAGCAUGAGAAAGAAAUCGAAGAACUAGAGGCAUUACUAAAAAAUAACGUUGCAACAAAUAACGUUUCUUGCAGUAGUAACAUUGAAGUUAAAGAGGAUGCUUCCUUGCUGAAUAUUGAAAACAAUUUAAUGCCGCAAAGUAACAAAAAAGAGAAACAAGAUGACGAAGAAACUGUAAUAUCAACCGAUGAUAAACCGUAUACUGACGAACGUGACCCAAAUUGCGAAGGUGAGAGUACAAAAUGCAAGGAUAUUUGUGAAUCGUAUGACAUUCUUUGUUCGACUGAAAUGCCAAUAUCGUAUGUUACUAACCUCAUAACCAUACUGAUAACUACAUAUUCUAUGGUUUUGCUGGCUUGUUUUCUUGCACUGCUUUUAGCGAGCGUAGCAGCAUCAUGA